CCGUCGACUCAACUUCCCCCGAAAACAACACCACAUGUGCGGGAAAUGAAUGGGUAGCUGUCAGCGCUGUCUACACGCACAUAUAACGGCGUUAAGAGCAGAAAUAGCCGUUUACUGACCAUAUUUUGUGUUCCUAUCAAACACGCAAAAAGACGCCAUUCCUGGAGAAGAGUGACGUGUCCACCAUGAGUUUUGUGGAGUAUUCAGACUUCAUUCAGGACGGGGACGUCGCCAUCGUCUACCUGGGCCACGACUCAACGAUGCCCGUCAAGGUGCAGCAGGGCGCCCAAACGCAAACCCGCUAUGGAGUCAUUCGCCACUCGACAGACCUGAUCGGUCAGCGUUACGGGUCAAAGGUCACCUGCAGCAAAGGCGGGUGGGUCCACGUGCUUCACCCCACGCCAGAGCUGUGGACGGUCUCUCUGCCCCACCGCACGCAAAUCCUCUACACCACAGACAUCGCCACCAUCACCAUGAUGCUGGAGCUGAAGCCGGGGUCCGUCGUCUGCGAGUCAGGCACAGGUAGCGGCUCUCUCUCCCACGCCAUCCUGCGCACCAUCGCCCCCACGGGUCACCUGCACACGGUGGAGUUUCACCAGCAGCGGGCGGAAAAGGUGGCCGAGGAGUUCAAGGAGCACCGCGUGGCUCACCUGGUCACCGUCCGGAACCAGGACGUGUGCAAAGACGGGUUUGGGGUGACCGGGGUGGCGGACGCCGUCUUCCUGGACAUCCCCAGCCCCUGGGAGGCGGUGCGGCACGCCAAGGCUGCCAUGAAGAAACAAGGAGGUCGGGUGUGUUCGUUCUCUCCGUGCAUAGAGCAGGUCCAGAGGACGUGCGAGGCUCUGGCGGACCAGGGCUUCGAGGAGAUCAGCACCGUGGAGGUCCUGCUGAGAGUCCACGAUGUCCGAACCGUCUCCCUGCCGCUGCCGGACUUCGGCCUGGACCCCUCCGCUCAGACUCGGCCCGACGCCGGUGAGAAGACGCCCCCCACCUCUGCACCAAACCACGCCGCCGUCACCCUGAAGACCACCACCCCUCCCAGAGAAAUACCAGGUCACACAGGUUACCUCACCUUCGCCACCAAACCAAGAACCUAAAGCUCAGAAACCGGAGUGAUUUUCCUCCAACACAGUUUAUAAUCCCUCGCUCGAGUCUAUUUCCCUUGUACAUUUAUAAAACGGUGAUAAUCCAGAGGGGGGGGUACCAGGUUCCUCCAGGUCCCGGUUGGCACUGCAGCACCGAGAGGAUUUACAGUUUUGAGUUACAUAAUUCUGUGUUCCUGUCAGUUUGUUGCUUGCAUCAAGCGAGAGUGAAAAUCAAGUCGACAGCGAAUUUCAUUUGAGAGGAAGUUACUCGCCUCCCCUUUUGUAAAAAUUACUUUUAAUCACAACUUUCAUCUGCAGGGGCAAGAAAUCCAUUUAUUUUUUAUCUUUAUUUGAACUUUUGUAUUCAAGUAAAUACAAUAAAUGUGUGAGAAAAACCA